AUGGAGCACGGAUGGAGCACCGCCCGCCGCCGCCGCUCCCGGCGCUUCCGCUCAGCCGCUCCCGAGCAUUCCGCGCUGCGCGAUCCGCGCUGCGGCCCCGGCGCCCUCCGCUUCCCGGUCCUGCCGCCGCGCGCCCCGCCCCGUGACCCGGAACCAGGAAAAGGCAGCCGGAACCAGCGCCCGCCGCCAAUGGGAGCGGGGAGUGCCGCAGCCACAGCGAAUGCGGAGCGGGAGCGGCGAGGGGGAGAGCUGCGAGGCACCGCCCGGCGGGGAGGGGCGGCUCCGGCCCCGCCGCCGCCAAUGGGCGCCGAGACAUGCCGGGAAACCCCGCCUGCCCGUUCCUUUCAAUGCUCGAUUCAGAUUUCCUUCCUCUGUUUCCAACUCAUCUCAGGUAUUUCUCCCAUCCUCUUCUACAAGAGCUUCACAUGUAGUCCAGGAGCUGAGGAUCAAGCACAAACCCUUGAACCUGUUUUAAAAAGGAGGAAAUGCAGGGACUCCCUUUCAAAAGCAUCUCAGCCAGCAGUUGUGCCAGGCUUGGCUACAGGCUUUGGGAUACUGAGCAUUCUCCUAGCCAUUGCUUUAAUUUGGAAGAUGCAUGACUCACACCCACAGUGCCCUGAGCCGUGGAUAGCCUACAGAGGGAGCUGCUACUCUUUCUCCAAGGAGAGGAAGGACUGGCAUUCCAGCCAGGAAUUCUGCAGGGUGCAGGGAGCUCAUCUCCUGGUGAUCAGCGAUCGGAGUGAAAUGGACCUGUUUAAGAGUAUGCAAACAGGAUGUUUCUCGAUUGGACUGAGGAACAGCACAGGCUCUGGGUGGAUUUGGGAAGAUGGCUCUAUAUUCAAUGGCAUCAAAGUCCUCUCUAACAGCCCUGUGCAACACUGUGUUGUCCAGAUGAAAGAUCACUUUCAGGCCUCCAGCUGUGAAUUUCUUGCUCCAUGGAUCUGUGAGAAGUCUCUUAGAUAAAUCUCAUGUGCAUUUCCAUCUCAUAACCAUCUGUCUGUGGUACAAAGAGGAACAUUGUCCUGCAAAUCAAAGCUCUAGUGAAGACCAAGGACUUGCCCUUUCCACACCCUCACAAAGGUGUUUAGCAGGCACAGGCUUGUUGCCCAUAAAGAUGAGUUAUCCUCAGCAGUAGAUCCAUUCUGAGUCCACAUCUGUUUGAUUACUGUUGUUUGUGACCAGACGAGACUUGGGACAUAUUCCCUGCUCUAGUCUUUCCUUACUUGUCCUAUAAGGGCAAACAACAUUUUGCAACAACAAAUUCUGUGUCUUCAGAUGUCUGAUCAUCAUGAGCUGGCCAUUUUCCUCCAUUCCUGAGCAUUAGGUUUC